AUGAGAAAUGGAUUGAUAGCAUUCAGGCAAAUACCGGCGACGCUUAUUGGUCCGCCUUCACAGUACAGCCAUUUAAGGCCAAUCAGAUACGCUUCAGAGGAUGCAACAACACCGAAUCAGCAACAUCACCCAUACGAACCAACUAAUCAAAUUGAUCAUUUCUCAUCAGAGGAAUUGUCAUUUGACCUAUCAAGACGCAAGUUAGAUAAUUUCAAUGAUAAAUUCUGGUCAGAUAACAAUAUUCGCUGUGAGCACGCGUUGAAGGAGUUUGUAGGCGAUGCAGAGGGUGAAAGGAGGCAGGUACUCUUACAGCAAUUUUGGAGGGAUUGGUCAUUUGCCAAUCAUGAACGCUAUUAUAACUGGUCCAAGUACUGGUGGUCUGCACAACUCAGUCUACUCUACCCUGCACUCAAAUUAUCCAUUAAACAAUCCCUGAAAAUCUUCUUGUAA